CUCUCUCUCUCUCUCUCUCUCUCUCUCUCUCACACUCACACUCACACUCACAGUCACAGUCACAGUCACUGAUACCACCAUGCCGGCCUCGGCCCGUCAUCGGUCCCGGGACAAUGUCCUCAACCGUCCAGAGUUCCUCUCCCUGAACCAGCCCCCUGGAGCCUCUGGUCCAGACAGCCGACCCAGGGCUCGACCUCGUACCACCUCCCCAAAACAGCCGCAAAGCCAGGAGAACGGAGCCUUCAGGGGUGCGCGGCAGGAUGUUCCGGAUGCAGGAGCUGGGGGGUCAGAGGGCGGAGCGAACGAGUCCCAGCCUUCGGAGCAGGACUGCAUGCAGCUCAACCCGUCCCUGGGAGGCAUCGCCCUGAACUCCCUGCUGGCCAUUGACAUCUGCUUGUCCAAAAGGAUGGGGGUGUGUGCGGGCCCCCGGGCCGCCUGGUUGUCCAUAAACUCCCUGGUGGUCCUGCUGGCCUUCAGCGGCCACGCCGUGCCCUGGGUGUUGGGAACGCUCAUCAGUCUGUACCGCAGCAACACACUGGCUGGACAGGAAGUGCUGGUCAACCUGCUGCUGGCUCUGGUGCUGGACGUUCUGACCGUCGGCGGCCUGCAGAAGUUGGUCAAGCGCAGAGGACCAUGGGGUUACCAGCCGGGGUUCUUUGACUACAUCGCCAUGGAUACGUAUUCAUUCCCCGCCGCCCACGCCAGCCGAGCCGUCUUGGUGGCGGGGUUCCUGCUGAACCACUUGGUUCUGGCGGUUCCUCUGAGGAUCUUGCUCUAUCUCUGGGCCUUCCUGGCAGGGGUGUCCCGCGUUCUGCUAGGGAGACACCACCUGUUUGACGUGGGCUGCGGUUUAAUCCUGGGGUAUCUUCAACUCCACCUGGUAGAGAAUGUGUGGCUUGACUCUGACACCUGUCAGACAAUCAUCUCCAUCAGCACACUUAACUGGGCUCAACUCAUUUAGCAGCCCCGCCGACCCCGCCAGAUGGUGUCACCCUGGUUCGCACAGCUUCUGUCUACACUACAGUGCUUCUGCUUUGGACUUCUUGAGACUUCUUUAGACUGGUUCAGGGCUGUGAUCUCAAGGGGGUCUAGUUUGAUUAGGAGUGGGUCUGGGUUAAGUUAGGUCCAGUAGAAGCAGAACACGGGUUUUGUAGAGCUCUUAGUGUUAAAUAAAGCAUGCAGCUCUUCAACGUUGCAGAAGUAUGGAACUUAAAGGUGCUGUAGGUUUUUGAGGGCUAUAAUUUGAGGGUAAUCCACAAUUUGUAACCAUCUGUCUGCUAUGAGUGAGUGAAGUUCUCUGUGAGAAUAUAUCAUUUCUGGUAGAAUGCGCCUGUAUCAUCAAAUUCUGACGACAGCUCGCUAAUUUAUGAUCAACCAGGGAAUCUCUUCCCUGAUUGGAAUCCACCUUGCCUGUCAAUCACAGGUCCACAGGUCCACCACUUGAAUACUGAGAAACCUUCAAAAUCAUGCAGUCUUCUGUCCUCUCUUGUCAAAUCUCACUUACAGCAGCUUUAAAAGAUGGCAGCAUUAAGCCUAACAUAUAUUCAGGUAUUUUUAAGUACUUACAUAGGUAAACUCCUAUAUUUUUCCAACACAAUGGGAACAAUUAUUUACUAUUUACACAUUUUGUUCAGGAAAUAACCUGAAGUACCUAAAGAAUAAUUAACGCACAGAACAACAAACGCAUCUUCCCCAGAGUCGUUCUUCCAGAACGUCUCUUCAAUGUGUUUACAUUUAUGAGAGUGAGAGAGAGAGAGAGAGAGAGAGAGAGAGAGAGAGAGAGAGAGAGAGAGAGA